CUUGGAAAGGGGUGGGGAGAGGAAGAAGCUAAGGGAGUGAGGUCAUACAGAGAAGGGUAUAAAGCUUGUUGUCUGCAGUGGCAGAAACAGAAGGCAACUGUGCACCUUCCAGGCAGAGAAGAAUCCGUCUCUGCCACGGGUGCCGCAUUGCUUGGAACGUCAAACAGCAUCCCAGCCUAGAGAACACAGGAGUUGGACCUCCAGCAUCAGCAGCUCCAGUCCCUGCCACAGGGUCCUAGACUGACGGCUAAGUGAACUUGUUUGCAGGCUGUUCAUUCCAAAAGAGCUCCUUCAUCCCACAGCCCUGUUGCCUUGGUGAUUGGCUGUUGCAUUGCUGAAGUUGUCCUGAAGACCCUUCAACCGGUCCCUGCAGUUGGAAGCUGACUUUCUCGGGCCACCUGAGGAUGCCAGGAAUCAUGAGAGUCCAAAGACCAUUUCUGGUAGCCAUCUGGAUCCUACUGCUGUGCCCUCAGAGUUCACCAACAAGCAUAGGGCACCCUUUGCCCAUACCCCUCAAAGACAACCUCUUCUCGCCUCCCUCAGAGAGCAACACCCCAGAGAUGAUCAAAGACAAGCCUUCCCUGUCUGUUCCUGUCAAAUCUUCUCAGGAAGAAACGGAUUAUUACGAUGACUACUUUUUCAGCACAGACUCGCAGGAGACGCCCCAUUACCCACAGACGCCCCCUCCGCACUGCGACUACCAUCAUUGUCACCAUCUUCAAGUACCCUGUGAAGAGCUGAGAAAAGCCAGAGGGUGCUUGUGCCCAGGGAUCACAAGUUCAAAAGUGGCCCCAGAGGCACCGCGCCUGCAAACCAUCCACAUCAGCGAGGCUGGCGCCAGUUUGCAUUGGUGCGCACCAUCCUCUCUGGUAGAGAAAUACCACGUGAUAUACCAGGUGGUCGGGGAGGCCUCUGCUUCCAGCCCAGCCCUCAACAGCACUUUCCGAUUAACGACAAUAUCGGGGUUAUUACCCAAUAAGCAAUAUUUGUUUUGUGUUGUUGCUUCCAACAAGGCUGGUCACAGCCCCACAGACGAUGGACAGCAAGAACACGGGCCCUGCCGUCAAGUCCAUACCCCUUCCCAUCAGAUGUCUUAUGUCUAUGUGGCUGCAGGGCUGGCUGCCGCACUGGUCCUUGUGGUGAUCUCUGCCUUGGUCUGGCAUUUCUGCAUACGUAGGAAGAAACAUUUGCUCCAUGGGUCCCGGGACAAUAUCCUGGAUGGUGAGCCAGGCCUUGAUGGGACCACAAAUAGCUCUUUCAGGAACGAGGAGCAAUUAUAAGGGGGACUCCAGCAGGUCCUCUCCCCACCGAGAAGUGCCUGCCCUCUCUCCAGGUAUGGAGUGGACAUUUCUGACAGGCUUGGGAGAAGAAGCAGUUCUUACGGUUCUUCCUUUGGCCGUGGAGGUAACAUCUGUUGCGGAGAAGGGAAAAACUUUUGCUGCCCCUCAUCUGUUUCAAAAGCAGGUGCUGUCUCUGGGAUAGAAGAGGAGUCAACUUUGUGUUACCAGUACUGGAAUUUGCAUGUUUUGCACAUAUCCAUUCCAAGAAUCUCUUGGUUGGAAGGAAGAUACUUAUGCCGAUCAGUGGCAACGGGCCAACAUCUCAGACAGUACCUCCCGACAUAAACAUACUCAGGGAGAAAAAAGGUUUUCAGUGAACUUGGAGCCUCCCCACCCCAUCAAGCACGACUUUGAACUGUCUUAGGAGCCUGUUUUGGAUCGACAAAAAACUAAGAGUGGGUGGGUGGAUGAUCCUAGUAAAAAUGCAAAGAAAUCUUCUUUAAAAAAGGAUA